CACCUAGACAUGACCUACAUCGCAUUACUGUACCGCGUGCGAUGACAAAGUGCCGCUCGUGGCAAAAUUCAAACGGAUACGAAAAUUCGAAUUCCGCCCCCACCUCGACCGGCAUUUUCAAUUCAUUUUGGCCUGCCGUAUCAGACUGCUUCGACAGCCGUGCGAUUUGUAGCGUCAUAAUUGAACGUUCUUGGACUGUCAAAAACUAUCAGCUGUCACGCGACUGACAAAUUUUCGUAGUACUUUGAAAACAUAUCGUUCGUUCGCGCUGUAGUUUUUGUUUACCGUUUUUAAACACGGUUUUAUCUACUUGAAUAAUUAAAAACUUAAUUGUCGGACGGUGCCAUGAAGUCGUCCCGUUUCUCAUCUGCAGGUAGCUUCGACGUGUUGGAUGAUAAGGAUAUGGAAAGCGAAUUUGGUUGGCCCGAAGAUGCCAAAAGAAGUGGAAAGGAGCCAGAAAGUCGCGGAACCCCGCUAAGUGGAGAACCACGAGCAGACUGGAGUAAUGGCAUUUGUCGUACUUUGUCAAUGUGCACUCUCGGAGGAAAUUCGAAUUUUGGAGGGUUUGAAGGAGCUCCUUCGAUGCGCACGUCGCUGCGCUCCAUGUUGGCAUUGGAGAACAACCCUGAUCCAUCAAAGGGAUCUGGCUCCGUGGUUUCGGUGCGGGCUGAGCAUUCAGAUGCAGGUUUGAAAAUUGAGGAUCAAAAUAAGCUGAAGCCUCAGGAGUUGGAGCGCGGAAUUCCGCUAAGUGGAGAACCACGAGCGCUGUGGAGAGGUCGCGGUAUUCCGCGUUCGGCGUCUUUGUGCACGGUCGGUGGCGUUGUUUCCAAUUUGACAGGGGCUUCGGUGCAGGUUAUUCACGGUGAUCAGUCAGGCCCAGCUCAACCCGUGGCAUUGAUUGGAAAUCCUCGAGCGGCUCAGUCAGACGCUGCCACAGAAACCCUUGUGAUUAAGCCAAGUGAUAUCAGCAGUGGAGCUGGCACUUCGGGGAAUUCCCCUAGCGGAUUUCCGCGAGAAGGUGAAAUCUGGUGCUACCGCUGCCAUAAAAAUGGACACCGUCAGUCUCAGUGCCGAAACAAGCCAGCUGCAGCCGUCGUUGCUCGAAGCCAAGCCCGUCUUCGCAAUUUGGGGCUGUUUUAUGAAGCAGAGGCGCGGGAAACAGAACGCAUUCGCCAGAAUCGACGUCUGGAAGACCGAGAGAUGCGUUUCCGUCACCAGGAUGAAAAGGCACAAUUGGAAAGAGACCACGAGGUAGAGAAAAUGGAACUGGAAGAACGACGACUUCAAGAAGACCGUAACCGUCAAGAUCGGGAGAAAGAGCGCCAUCGUAAUUUUGUGAACCGCGGUUAGUGUGUCUGGUUGCUUUCUUUUAUGGGACUCUCUUCACUACUGGAUAGACCUCGAGAUAAUUCGGUUUGUGUUACCGCAGUAUUUUUGUACAGAUCUGUAAUGAUUCACUUAUAUUUCUUUUAUUUUCUUGACACUGUCAAAUAGUAUUUCACAUUUGGCACCACCUUAAUUCUUGAUCGCUUUGAACGCACGUAUCGACGUAUUAAAAACAAAACAUCAGCAA